CGUACCGUCGCGACGCUCGUUGCACGUCAUCCAGACGCCCUCUGGUGUAAGGCGACAGACGCGACAUAAACUUCGAAAUUGUUAGCGAUAUCCGGACAACCGCGUAUAUAUAGCGUCGGUAUUUACCGACUCGGAAAUAGGAAUGAGUGGCUAUACUAAUUACUCAAAAAUAAUUGUUUAGAAGAGAACAUGGAAAAAAUUGAAAAACACUUUGAAUAAUCAAGCCCACCAACUAUUCUGCUCCAAUUUCAUCUCACCAUUGCCACUACAAUGAGCGAGAAAGCUAAAUGGUACGACCGGGUUUUCGGCAAGAAACUGAUAAAGUGCGACUCCACCAACAACUCCAAUGACUUCCAGUCCGUCGGGACUACCGAAAUUCUGCAGAGCGUCCAAAUCACAGGCAUCUACUUCAGUUUCGCCAACAUUAACACUCAGAGUGACGAUUUCUUGAAAAAACUACACGACCUCUACGACAAACUAAACGGCAGCUGUUCUAACGGCGAAAUGGACAGAAAGCUCGAAGUGGUACAAGUGGUUAUGUGGGCGCACAAUGACAACUAUGGAGAUUUUGAAGUUAGCCAUCGUGACAGCUUGAUGGGAUUGCCAUGGUUUGCGAUGCCGUUCAGUGAAACUAGUUUAAAGACAAGACUCAGCAGAAGGUAUAGGAUAAAAUCCGGAGUGCCCACUUUGGUACUAUUAGACAAAGACGGGGCAACCAUAAGUGUAUCUGCUCAAGAAAAACUACUGGAGGAUCCAAAUGGUAUCAAUUUUCCUUGGAGGCCGAGACCAGUGGAUGAGGUUCUUAAGGAUGUUGUUCUUCAACCAGGAGGCACGUAUUUCCAGGAACAUCCAAAAGGCAUUCAAAAAGAUUUGCAAUACAGAGAUUUGUCAGAGGGAGUUAGAGGAUUUUACUUUUCAGCCAACUGGUGCCCACCUUGUAGAGCUUUUACACCACAACUCGCAGAAGUCUAUAAACUCAUAAGGAAAAAGGAACCCAACUUUGAAGUAAUAUUUGUCUCAAGCGACAGAAGUGGAGAAUCAUACAGUGCCUACUUGGAAUCGAUGCCAUGGUUAACAAUACCGUUUCAACAAGCUUCGGUCAGAGCCGAACUAGCUCAGUUAUACGGAAUUAGAGGAAUACCCACUCUUCUUCUCUUGGAUAGUAAUGGUCAUGUGAUUACAAUGGAUGCCAGAACAGAACUGAUAGAAGAUCCUUUAGCACAAAAUUUCCCUUGGAAACCGAGAGCGGUUAACAUUUUGACAGAUCGAUUUUUAACGAAGCUUCACGAUUACCCAGCUAUUGUGCUGUUUGUUGAUACAGAGGAAACCGAGCUUCAAUUUGCCGAAUCGGUACUGAUACCAGCUGCAAAUAAUUAUUAUAAAAUAAACAACAUAAAUUUCGCAUCCAUAUUCGAAGAUCGGCUAUUUUCCAUGUGCAAUCAAGAUGACUAUUUUCUUCAAUUUCUAGUGGGUACAGAUAGCGAAUCAACAGAUAUUUUACGAGACCUCAUAGGCUUAGACGACGUGGUACCCCUACUAGUAGCCUUGGAUAUACCAAACAGGAGAUUCGCUACUAUGGAAUAUGGUAUAGAAAUAACAACAGAAAGUGUAAACGAUUUUGUCAGAAAGUUUCAAGAUAACGACCUCGAAUUUAAAGCUAUUCAUGAUGUUGGCGUCGAAAACGCUGAAAAUUUGUAAUAUAUCAAUAUCUCUUGAGUCUGUCCAACGAGUCAGGGAAUAUAAAUACUAUUUACGUGUUCACAAAAAUGACAGACCCAACUGUCACUGUCAUGCAUCCUUUCGUCGGACAGACCAUACCUACAUUUCGUAUCUAAUUGGCUUAACUAAACAGAUCUAAGAUUAACACGAUAACUCAAAAACCGCUAAACCGAUUUUAACCAAAUUUGGCACAAAAAUACUGUGGCACCCGA